CUCCCCAUUCCCUGUAGCCUAUCACCAUGUUGGAUCGGUUGACGAGCAAGGUGCAUGUGGAGGAGGAGCACCACCGGUUGAAGGAGGAGCAGGUGCAGCAGUACUCCACCUUCCGCAAGCAGGCCAUGAAGCUCUCCCGCACCUUCAUGAUGGGCGGCGCCGGCAGCUUUGCCGAGCCCUCCCACCCGCCCUCCAGACAGAGCAUGGAGCCCCUCCCGCCCACCGCACUCGGCCACAGGCCCAAAGCACACGCCAGGACGGCCACUGCCGGCACAGCUGGGAUCGGGGAGGACGACGGCGAGGGCGACGGCAAGGACGGAAGGGGCGUCCGCAGGUUUGCAUGCGGCUGUACGUGUUUUUGGUAGGUGCGAGAGUGCGGCCGCCUCUUCAGGGGCCGCAGGAGGCGGGGGAGAGAAAGGCGGCAAGGGAGGGAGACAUUGGUGGCAAAGAACGAGGGAAAGUGAUGGUUGCGUACAGGUACGUACAGGCAAAGAUGCGCACUUUGAUGGUGAGUGCCCUUUCCUAUUGAUGUGUGCCCUUUCUGUGUGUGAUGCACGUCGCUGUGUGAUGGGAACUGAGAGACAUUUCAUGUUACGCUGAGUUCGUAUGUAUGUACAUACCUGAAUGAUGCAUGGCGUGAAAUCGGUG